AAAUGGAUAUGGUGAUGAAGUUGGGAGCAUCAAGCGGGGUGGUGAUUUUCACCAAGAGUAGUUGUUGCAUUUCUCACAGCAUUGAAACCCUAAUUCGUAGUUUUGGAGCAAACCCUACGGUUUACGAGCUCGAUACACAUCCAAAUGGGAAGCAAAUGGAGAAGGCAUUGAUUGAAUUAGGGUGUCAUCCAAGUGUACCAGCAAUAUUUAUAGGGAAAGAGUUAGUUGGUGGUGCAAAUGAGAUAAUGAGCCUUAAUGUGAGGGGCAAGCUUAAACAAUUGCUCAUUAGGGCUAAUGCAAUUUGGGUAUAGAAAUUAAUUAAUAAUG